AUGAAAAGUAAGUCAGCUGAAAAUUUUAAAGACAAGCAGUACCAAGCACGUGCAGACCUUACAACGCGCGAUAUCGAGAAGCUCCGCACACAGGAUGGGAUACCAUCCUGUGGGCUAGCUAAUCGCCAGGGGACCGGACUUUCGGUUGAAGUACAGCGGUUGCAAGUGACAAAGCGUGCUCGGUUUUUUCAAAGAGGACUAUCAUGCCAACUGAAGCUUGCUAAGGCGUUCAUGAUGCAGCUUUUUAUUGAAGCACAACAGAUCGUUGUUGUAGAUUUGUGGCCCGUUGACUUAGGCGCUUGCAUGAAUGACGAUGGAAUAGUUGACUGCCGUGGCCAGUUUCUGAUUCUUAUAUCAAAAAAAAGCUGCUUUUUUGCAGUGACUACUUUUGCAUGCAAUAGGUUUCAAGCCGAAAUUUCAUUUUGUGCUCUGUGA